UGUGUGUUGAGGCGCAUUAUUUGGCAACAGACGCGGCAGUGGGGAGGGCCGAAAAAAAGAGGAUAUCCCCUGGAUUUCUAAAAAGCAACGAUUUAUCGAGGUUAACUGCAGAUUAAACAUUCCUUGGUCGACCGUCGGCGAAGAACGGGCAACAAAACGAGCGAGGGAUGUCUGAGGAGGCUGUCCGCCAGACACGCAGCCAGAAGAGGGCGUUGGAAAGGGACGCUGCUCCCCAGUCUAGAGAACCCACUGAUGCUGACAAUGAAAGCAAAAAGCCUAAAUUGGACCCAUCUGAAUCCACAACAGAGACACAAACUAAACCCACACCUGACCCUGUCUUGGAACAGGACAGUCAGAGCCGGACAGGGGACGGAUCAGCGCACGGGAAAGAGCAGAGUCGCUCGGCAUUAUCUUUAGUGUUACCUUUGGCCUCUCAGCCAGUGCAGGAUGAACAGGAGCGGAACCACAGACAACAGACGGUUGAACCAAGCUCAGACAAUCGAACUGACUGCAAUGACAGAGCCAGGAGGGUGAAGACAGAGCCAGCCAUGGAUACAAGGAGCCGGGUACGACUCACGGAGCCUAAGCCGUCCAGUGGUCUGCUGGCUGCAGGCGAGGUGAAGGCCACCAUUAAAGUUGAAGUUCAAACGGGAGAACAGCCCGUGGACAUGAGUACCUCAAGAGGUAUUAUAAAAAGGGAGAAGCGUCCUCCGUCCCCUGAAGAUGACGACGUCAUCAUAUUGUCAGAUAACGACUCCCCCAGUCCACCGAUGAAUGGCUUCAGCCACUUUAAGGAGCUGGACACAGACCUGCUCAUGAAGAGCAGCCCAGCUGAGAGGGAGCGCAUCAUUAAGCAGCUGAAGGAGGAGCUGAGACUGGAAGAGGCCAAGCUGGUGCUGUUGAAGAAACUUCGGCAAAGCCAGAUACAGAGGGACACUCUCCAGAAGCCCUCAGGUCUGUCCAGCUCCUCUGCUCCUCCUCCUCUAAUUCGAGGAACAAUUGCAAGCAAUAAAGGCUCUCAGCAGAUUGUGACAGGCAGGAGUUCAGGCACAGUCAUCCCUCCGCCACUGGUGAGAGGAGGGCAGCAGGUGUCGUCCAAACAUGGCUCCCAAAUCAUAAUGCCGCCUCUAGUCAGAGGGGCACAGCCCAUCUCUGUAUCUCCACAGCAGAUCCAGGCUCUCCGCCAGCAGCAGCAGCAGCAGCAGCAGAUGGCUGCCUCUGGAGGUUCAGGCUCAGGCUCAGGACCCCCUCCUCUGCUGUUGGGCCCCAGGACCUCAGCCCCUGCUGGCCAGAGAGGCAUGGCCCAGCCAGGCCUCAUCAGAGUAGGCAGUAGCGCUAACAUGCUGGUCAGUAUCUUACAGGCCUCACCAUCCAGUUUGAAGGGCUCUUCUUCAGGAAGCAGCGGCAUGUCUGUGGUUAGCAUGAAUGACUCUCCAGCCAGCCGCCAAGCUGCAGCUAAACUAGCCCUGCGGAAACAACUGGAGAAGACCCUCCUGGAGAUUCCCCCACCCAAGCCCCCUGCCCCAGAGUUUAACUUUCUGCCCUCUGCAGCCAAUAAUGAGUUUAUCUACCUGGUGGGACUGGAAGAAGUGGUACAGAAUCUGCUGGAUACCAUCCACAGAGGAAAGACAGGUGUAGCACUGUCAAAGCCCAAUGUCAGAGACCCCUUCAUCUGCACCCAGUGCAACACUGACUUCACCUGCCGCUGGAGGCAGGACAAGACAAAAGGCGGGGCAGUCCUCUGUGAACACUGCAUGUCAUCCAAUCAAAAAAGGGCUUUGAAAGCUGAGCAUACCAAUAGGCUGAAAGCUGCAUUUGUCAAAGCACUGCAACAAGAGCAGGAAAUAGAGCAGCAUAUUAUGCAGCAGACGUCCUCACCAGUCUCCCACAGUAGCUCCUCGUCCUCUUCAUCUGCCUCUUCAGCGAUGAAAGUAGAGCAGCUGGUGUCUCAGCAGCUGAAGCAGGCUCAGGCCAGAGCGUCGUCCCUCCAGCACCACCACCAGGCCAACCGAGGAGCCAACAUUCUUCACCGUCACUCAAUCAAGCAGAGCUCCCAUGGCCAGCUGUCCCAUGGUAUCUCAUCAGUGGGGUUGAGGGGCGUCCCCCACUCCUUCUCCUCCUCCUCCCAGCUGCAGAGCGCGGUGGCGGCUGCAGCUUUGGUCAGCCGGCCAGGUAAGCAUGACCAUGUUUCCCACCGCUCUGUCCAGAGUUCAAAGGUGAGCAGCAGUGGAAUCGACGGCGGCAGGAAUUUCAGCGGAGGUAGUUCCUCAUCCACUGCAUGGAAGAAGCAGAGCAACAGCAAUACAGGAGUCACUAUGGCCUAUGUGAACCCCAGCCUGACAGGUCACAAGACGUCAGCCACCGUCGACGCUCGUCAGAGGGAGUACCUGCUGGACAUGAUCCCCUCUCGCUCGUCGAUCUCGCAGACUGCAAAUACAUGGAAAUAAUUGAAACCGUACUCUACUAUUCAUUAGUAGUUUUUGUUAGAGUUCCUCAGUUCCAAUAAUACGGUCAACAGCAACCCCCAGAGGACUGUUAAGCAAAUACAAUCUCCUAAAGUGAAGAAACGUUCCUUCCUUACCUUUUGUAUGAUUGUUGUUUUAGUUUUAUUAUUUUGUAUUGUUUAUUUUGAGAUGCGCUGUUCUUUGGUAAUUGUGCAGAAACCAUUUUGAUUAUAGUGGGGCAAAGAAAAAUCAUAUACUUGAAGGGCUUCCCUGGGUACUUGUGUCCUCCAGACUGGGUGGUUCAGUCAUGGUGUGAUAAGAGGUUAUGUCUGCAUUGAGUACUUUGAUAAAAAGGCUCUGCCAUGAUGUGGGUCAAACUGACCCAACCUUUUGACACUUGAAUGGUUAUAGUCAUACCCAAAAGUUCACAUAUAACAAAAUACACCAUUUAUUUUAAACAAAAACAAAAUAAGUUGUAAAUGUUCAGUACAUCACCCCUGUAGUUAAAUGUUUGAAUUUAUUUUCUAUUUACAAUAAGUUAUUUUUUUUGAAUUGUUGUUAAAAAUCACUCAAAAUAUUGUGGUUUCUACAAAUGAAGAGUUUAUUCUAGCUUUGUUUUUGUUUAACAGCAUGCCUACCCUUAAACCCCUCUGUUCAUUUUGCACCUUAGCUGAAGAAGCAUGGUGUCAUUGCUCAAUUCAUCUGUAAUUACCAUCUGUAAUUUGCUUAUUUUAUAUUAAUGUCAACAUUGUAAGAUUAUUUUGAGUGUUAUGCUGUUGCUGAAAAAAUGCAAAUUGAGCUGACUUUGUCUUACUGGAGCCACAGAUCUUGCCUCCGAUUUAUUCAACUAUAAUUCCUACUUUUUGCGACAUAUACUUAGCCCUGAAUCAGUUCUUAAAGGGAAGGUCUCCCAGCUACCAAGAUCCUGGAAUACACAAGAACAUCUUUAUCUCGUACUCCUAACCAUAUUGUGUAAUUUCUCUACUUCCCAAUUUUAACUGCAUUGUACAAACUUAUGUUAACGUUUUAUUUGGUUUACUUUUUUCCUAGCUCCUACAGAAAUAAUAAAAAAUAUAAAUUUUAAA